UCACGACUCGAUGGCCUCCGUGCCACAGGAGCUUCUUCUGAUCUGCUAGAGCACCACAGGGAAGAUGCUGGACCUGAGCUUUCUGACCGACGAGGAGUACGAAAAGCUGUUACAGGUGCUGCAGAGGGAUGCGGAGCUCAAGAGGAAAGAUGGCGAUCGGAUCAGGCGAUUGCAGGGCUCACUUACGGAUGAGAAGAAGAAAUGUGUGACUGGGGAAUGGUUCCAUGAAGCGAAGGCCAAGCGGUUUCAAGAAGACUUAGAAGGGCCAGAUCUACUUCGAGUUUCGAUUAGGAAAAAACAGAGCGAUGCAAGUUAUGGAACGAUUGAGCGCGCUCAAGAGAGUCCAGAAGGCGACGCGACAUUUUUGCCCUCCGAAGAACCAGCUGUGCCCUUUCCUGAAUCGGAAGAAGACAGAUCACAGGAACCGGAUCUGGAUUCUGCAGAAGGAUGUCCAGUGAAGCCCAAGCCAAGACUGAAGCUGUCAGCCCUGCCGUUUUCCGAAAAGAGAUCCAGUCUAGAAAAUGUUUCUCCAGACAGCGGCGUCGGUAUAAGUCCUUUUUUGGCCACAAGAGACAGCUCACAAGGAUAUGAAAAAGGGCAUGAAGGACACUCAGUGUCCUUCGCAAAACCUUCUGAAAAGGAGCCAAAUGAUUUCGCUUCCCUGGCCAAAGCGGAUGUUCCUGACACGGCUGCCGGAAGCCCAUCAAUCCAGCCAGCUGCCCAGGAAAAAACUAGUUCUUCCAGCAAGAUACCAGUUAAGACAAAGUCUACGAAGGGGCUCUUCUGUCUUGACACAGACGUAAGUAAUGCGGCUGAGAAAACAGAAUCAAAUCUGGCAAAGAGAGAGUUACUGAAGGGCUUCAAAUUGCCGUCUCUGGGAUGGGAGGACAGUCUUCCAAAACAAGAUGGCAACUAUAUUAUCUCAACUCUUGGUAACAAAGAUGAGGAGAUAGGCCUAGAUCGGGAACAGUUCAAGAAUCUGAAGAACUUUUGGGAGAAGGGAGGCAAGUCUGCCUUGUCUAAAAAUGCAUCUGAGAAAUCCUCCGAAAAAGCAAGUGUGAUGGAAAUCAACGGGAGGCCACCCAGGCUGAGAAGGUCCCUCUCGUUGCUCUCCAACCAAAGCCAAAACGGUGAGGAAAAACAGAGUUCUCAUAUCUACCCAAAAACAAGAGUCCUUCACAAAAGAACGGCCACCUUCUCUUCCAGCGAAGAUGAACCUACUUAUAUAGCUCCCCCCAGGAAGGGAUCGGGGUCUUCGAUCCCCAGAUCCACCUACGGCAGGAGCAAAGGGGCAGCCGCUCACAAAAACAGCAUGAGCAACGGGAACGGGAAGCAACAUGAGGUGGAAGAAGAGAAGAAAGCCCAGCACUGCACAAGGAGAUCAAAGUUGCCCAUUCGCGUGCCUUCGCUUAAUAUUGAGUCCCCAACGAAAGAGCGGAGCGGGAUCAUUUUUGAGCCGGAGAUCCCCGCCGACGAGUACAUCAUGGCUGAUGAAAGCAAGCGUAAGAAGGAUUCGUUGGCAGGCAGGGUGCAGAUAUUAAUAGAGUCCGAGUCUUUGGAGGACCUUGAUAAAGUUACUACCCAAAGUAGUCCGGGCCCUCAGAACCAUCUAGAAACCAAUGAAGAACUGCUCAAGGAUAAGCCUAGUGGUUCUGCCGGUGACCAACCAGAAAAUGAAGCUGCUAAUGAAAGAGAAGUCAUUCAAGGACCAGACUCUUCUGCAUUUUCAGAGGGAAACGGGUAUCAUUCCUCCCUUCCCAAGAAGCUGCCCCACGCAAAUGGCCUCAACCUUGCCAAGAGUAUGGUGAACCUUUAUACCACCACGGAGACAUACAGUAAGCCUCAAAUGCUGACCCAGCAGUACUUGGAACCGGAGCGAGCCAAAGACUUGAGUCGAUCCACCCCUCUCCUUCUCUCAGAGACAGAAUCUGACACCGCUUCAGAAAUCAGCUUCCAGUUCAGCCGGCACAAGAAGUCGCCUAGUAUGGGCAGCCACUCCUCUGACAUGGCCUCUGUCUCCUCGGUGAGCGGCAGUGUUCUCAGCGUGUACAGUGGCGAUUUCGGCAGUGUCGAUGCCCAGGGGCUAGUUCAAUUUGCCUUGGACUACGAUGAGAAAAACCGAGAGUUCCAAAUCUACGUCUCUCAGUGCAAAGACCUGGCUAUUGUGGAUGAGAAGAAAGGCAGAACAGACCCGUACGUCAAAACCUAUCUGCUUCCCGACAAAGCUCGGAUGGGCAAGAGAAAAACGUCGGUGAAGAAGAGAACCGUGAGCCCAGUUUACAACGAGGUUUUGCGGUAUAAGAUAGAAAAAAUGGUUUUGCUGAUUCAAAAACUGAACCUUUCAGUGUGGCACAAUGACCCUUUGGGACGGAACAGUUUUCUGGGAGAGAUGGAGAUUGACUUGGCGAGCUGGGACUGGAGCAACAACAGGUUGAACUGGUACAUGCUCAAACCACGGAGCCUGUCUACCCUCAAUUGCGUUGACCAUCGAGGAGUCAUGAACCUGUCCAUUAAAUAUGUGCCACCCGGAAGCCAAGGUUGGAAGACCCCUCCAUCUGGCGAAGUUCAUAUCUGGGUCAAGGACACCAAAGAUCUUCCACAGCUGCGCCCCUCGGGAGUAGAUUCCUUUGUGAAAUGCUACGUCCUUCCAGACACCAGCAAGAAAAGUUAUCAAAAGACCCGAGUGAUCAAGAGGGAUUCCAACCCUGUCUUUAACCACACGAUUGUAUAUGAUGGAUUCCACACGGAAGAUCUCAAAGACGCCUGUGUCGAGCUGACUGUCUGGGAUCACGAAAAACUGACCAAUCAUUUCCUUGGAGGAAUCAGGCUGGGACUUGGGACAGGCUCUAGCUAUGGGAUUGCUGUCGACUGGAUGGAUUCCACACAGGAGGAGGUGGCCUUUUGGCAGGAGAUGAUGACGACGGCCAACGAAUGGAUUGAAGGGACACUGCCUCUGCGCUCCUUAGCAGGGAAAAGGAAGCUGAAGUGAAACCGCUGGUCCCCAGCUAAGAACUGGAGUGAGUUCCCAGACAAAG